CUGGUCGCUACACACAGCAUCCAUCACCUGCACACCCUCCCGCUCGCCUCUUGGACUCCAGCGCAGCUUCAGCGCAUGAGGCCCUCCACGUCCACCUAAUACUCGCACACUGCUGAGCGCCCAUCAAGAACUCGCAGCCAUGCUGCUCUCCCAGCUUUCCGCAUGCAGCAAACGCCUGGCCACCGGCAGCUCCGCGAGAGCCUUCUCCUCCAUCGCGCCCAAGAGCGCGCCUCGAACGGUACUGGUUGCAAACAGGCGUGAGCUCGGUGUUGCUUCAUACAAUGCCUUCACUUCGCAGUACCGCAACUAUGCGCAGGCGGCGGAGAGGACAGAUCAGGGCGUAGACCCCUCAGACUCGUUUCUGACCGGAAACACUGCCGGCUACGUCGACGAGAUGUACUCUGAGUGGAAGCGCGAUCCCAGCUCCGUCCACGUAAGCUGGAAUCACUACUUCCGCAACAUGGAAUCGGGAGACAUGCCCGUCUCAAGAGCUUUCCAGCCGCCACCGACCAUUGUUCCACAACCAGCUGGCGGAGUGAUUGCUCCAAGCGGUGCGGUCGGUGUGGCAGAGGGCCAAAGCAGCGAGGUCCUCAAUCAUUUGAAGGUUCAGCUGCUCGUGCGAGCAUACCAGGCGCGUGGACACCACAAGGCCGCCAUUGACCCGCUGGGCAUCAAGGACCUGAAUCGAUCGACACCGAAAGAGCUCGACUUGGCUACAUACAACUUCUCGGAAUCAGAUAUGGAGCAGGAGUUCUCCCUCGGACCUGGUAUUCUGCCCAGGUUUGCAAAAGAUGGUCGAGAGAAGAUGACACUCCGCGAGAUCAUUGAUGCUUGCGAGCGCUUGUACUGUGGUCCGUACGGUGUGGAAUACAUUCACAUUGCGGACAGAGAGCAGUGCGACUGGCUCCGUGAGCGCAUUGAGGUUCCAUCGCCAUACAAGUACUCAGUGGACGAGAAGCGCAGAAUUCUGGACAGACUCAUCUGGUCUUCCUCGUUCGAGACGUUCCUUGCUACCAAGUACCCCAACGACAAGCGUUUCGGUCUCGAAGGUGGUGAGUCACUCAUUCCUGGCAUGAAGGCUCUCAUCGAUCGCUCAGUCGAUUACGGAGUCAAGGAUAUUGUCAUCGGUAUGCCCCACAGAGGUCGUCUGAACGUGCUGUCCAAUGUGGUCCGCAAGCCAAAUGAGUCUAUCUUCUCCGAGUUCGGUGGUUCCGCUGAGCCGUCCGACGAGGGCUCGGGAGACGUGAAGUAUCACUUGGGUAUGAACUUCGAGCGCCCCACUCCUUCUGGCAAGCGCGUGCAGCUGUCUCUGGUCGCCAACCCUUCGCACUUGGAGGCGGAGGAUCCAGUUGUGCUUGGCAAGACUCGCGCUAUCUUACACUACAACAAGGACGAAGAGCAGGCGAACUCUGCCAUGGGCGUUCUCCUUCACGGUGAUGCUGCAUUCGCUGCUCAAGGUAUCGUGUACGAGACUAUGGGUUUCGUUGGUCUGCCAGCGUAUCAGACCGGCGGCACCAUCCACAUUGUCGUGAACAACCAGAUUGGUUUCACGACUGACCCACGUUUUGCUCGUUCCACUCCAUACUGCUCUGACAUCGCCAAAUUUGUGGAGGCUCCUAUCUUCCACGUCAACGGCGAUGACGUUGAAGCAUUGAACUUUGUCUGUCAGCUUGCCGCCGACUGGCGUGCCAAGUUCAAAAAGGAUGUUGUCAUUGAUAUCGUCUGCUACAGAAAGCAAGGCCACAACGAGACCGAUCAACCCUCGUUCACUCAACCGCUCAUGUACAAGAAGAUCAAUGAGCAACUGCCGGUGCUCGACAAGUACACAAAGCAGCUGCUCGAGGCCAAGACCUUUACCAAGGAGGACAUCGAAGAGCACAAGGCCUGGGUGUGGGGAAUGCUCGAAGAAUCUUUCGCGAAGUCUAAGGACUACCAGCCAAACUCAAGAGAAUGGUUGACUAGCGCCUGGCAUGGCUUCAAGUCGCCCAAGGAAUUGGCAACAGAAGUGCUUCCUCACGAGCCAACCGCUGUCGAGCCAGAAGUCUUGAAGCACGUCGCCAAGAUUAUCGGACAGCCUCCGGAAGGCUUCCACGUCCACAAGAACCUUAAGCGUAUCUUGGCUAACAGGACGAAGACUGUGGAAGAAGGCAAGAACAUCGAUAUGUCUACUGGAGAAGCUCUCGCUUUCGGAACGCUUGUACAGGAAGGCCACCAUGUCCGUGUCUCUGGACAGGAUGUAGAGCGUGGUACCUUCUCUCAGCGACACGCGGUGCUGCACGACCAAGAGAACGAAGACACCUACACUCCACUGAAGCACAUCAGCGAGGACCAAGCAUCUUUCGUCAUUGCAAACUCGAGUUUGUCUGAGUACGGUACCUUGGGCUUCGAAUAUGGAUACUCGCUUUCUUCGCCUACCGCCCUUGUCAUCUGGGAAGCUCAAUUUGGUGAUUUCGCCAACAAUGCGCAAUGUAUCAUUGACCAGUUCAUUGCAUCCGGAGAAGUCAAGUGGCUGCAACGUUCCGGUCUCGUGGUGAACUUGCCCCACGGCUACGAUGGACAAGGUCCUGAGCACAGUUCAGGUCGCAUGGAGCGUUUCCUCCAGCUCUGUAACGAGGAUCCACGUAUCUUCCCAUCGCCUGAGAAGCUUGACCGCCAGCACCAGGACUGCAACAUGCAAAUUGUCUACUGUACUACCCCGGCAAACAAUUUCCACAUCCUCCGUCGUCAAAUGAACCGACAAUUCCGCAAGCCUCUGAUCUCGUUCUUCAGUAAGAGUUUGCUGCGCCACCCACUUGCGCGUUCCAAGAUUGAAGACUUCACCGGUGACAGCUCAUUCCAGUGGAUCAUCCCAGACCCCGCUCACGAUGCCGACGCUCAGUUCAAGAUCGACUCACACGACAAGAUCGAGCGCGUCAUUCUGUGCUCUGGACAGGUCUUUGCUGCUCUAUUCAAGCACCGUGAACAGAACAACAUCACCAACACUGCCAUCACUCGUAUCGAACAACUCAACCCCUUUCCGUGGGCACAACUCAAGGAGAACCUGGACAGCUACCCUAACGCCAAGACUAUCGUCUGGUGUCAAGAAGAGCCUCUCAAUGCCGGUGCUUGGAGCUUUACGCAACCUCGUAUUGAAACUCUUCUCAACCACACUGAACACCACGACCGCAAGCACGUUAUGUACGCUGGACGAAACCCAAGCGCAUCGGUGGCUACUGGUCUGAAGAGCAGCCAUACGCUCGAGGAGCAGAACCUGCUGAAGAUGGCCUACGAAGUGAAGCAGGAUAAGCUCAAGGGAGAGUAAGCGUCCGACAAUGUAACAACGGUACUGCUGUGAUGCGGUAACGAAUGAAGAGCCAGAGUGACACGAAGCACGCGAAGUGGCGGAGAUGCAUCUACUUUUUUCAAUGCCAAGCACAAUCAUGCUCGACAAGCAUCAGGUUGCUUGUCCCAGUGAAAGAAACAAUGGCGGAUAGAUGGUACACGCACGGAAGUCAGACGCGUGGCGUGUUUGUCCCAAGGUUGAUUUGUAUUUGACUUUGAAAGCGAAUGGACGGAAAGUCUUGCAUGAUUGUACAUAUUACAUGGUGUAGUUAUUCGGGG